GCCUCUCAUCACGUGAUCGGCGCUCCUGUCAUUCUACUGCGGCCGCUCCGGCUUCCUCCUGCCUGUGUAGUCCUGAGCGAAGGCUUGGUGCGGGACUUCUUCAUUUUCCGGUAUCCGAGUCUCUCACAGCCGUUGAGACUUCCGGACCGGGCAGGAGAUAACGACUUGGCUCCGACUUGCCACCCCAACCCGGCCGUGGCGCGGACCACCGCAUCCGCCCUGCCUCCUUUGGAUCUCUUGAAAAAGGUUCAAGAUUAUAAAAUUUAGAUGACCAAAAUGGAUAUCCGGGGUGCUGUGGAUGCCGCUGUUCCAACUAACAUUAUCGCUGCCAAGGCUGCAGAAGUUCGUGCAAACAAAGUGAACUGGCAGUCUUAUCUUCAGGGGCAGAUGAUUUCUGCUGAAGAUUGUGAAUUCAUUCAGAGAUUUGAAAUGAAAAGAACUUCUGAAGAGAAACAGGAGAUGCUUCAAAAUGAAGGCAGUCAGUGUGCUAAAACAUUUAUAAACCUGAUGACUCAUAUCUCCAAAGAACAGACCGUUCAGUACAUACUAACUAUGGUUGAUGAUAUGUUGCAGGAAAAUCAUCAGCGAGUUAGUAUUUUCUUUGAGUAUGCUAAACGUAGCAAGAACACUGCCUGGUCCUACUUUCUGCCAAUGCUGAAUCGCCAGGAUCUCUUUACUGUUCAUAUGGCAGCAAGAAUUAUUGCCAAGUUGGCAGCUUGGGGAAAAGAAUUGAUGGAAGGCAGUGACUUAAAUUACUAUUUUAAUUGGAUAAAAACUCAGCUGAGUUCACAGAAACUGCGUGGUAGCGGUGUCGCUGUUGAAACAGGAACAGUCUCUUCAAGUGAUAGCUCUCAGUAUGUGCAGUGUGUUGCUGGGUGUCUGCAGCUGAUGCUUCGGGUCAAUGAGUACCGCUUUGCCUGGGUAGAAGCAGAUGGGGUAAACUGCAUAAUGGGAGUUUUGAGUAACAAGUGUGGCUUUCAACUCCAGUACCAAAUGAUUUUUUCAAUAUGGCUCCUGGCAUUCAGUCCUCAAAUGUGUGAACACCUGAAACGUUAUAAUAUCAUUCCUGUUUUGUCUGAUAUCCUUCAAGAAUCUGUCAAAGAGAAAGUGACAAGAAUCAUUCUUGCAGCAUUCCGUAACUUUUUAGAAAAAUCAACUGAAAGAGAAACUCGCCAAGAAUAUGCUCUGGCUAUGAUUCAGUGCAAAGUUCUGAAACAGUUGGAGAAUUUGGAACAGCAGAAGUAUGAUGAUGAGGAUAUCAGUGAAGAUAUAAAAUUUCUUUUGGAAAAGCUUGGUGAGAGUGUCCAGGAUCUUAGCUCAUUUGAUGAAUACAGCUCAGAACUUAAAUCUGGAAGAUUGGAAUGGAGUCCUGUGCACAAAUCUGAGAAAUUUUGGAGAGAAAAUGCUGUGAGGUUAAAUGAGAAGAAUUAUGAGCUUUUAAAAAUUUUGACAAAACUUCUGGAGGUAUCAGAUGAUCCACAAGUGUUAGCCGUUGCUGCUCAUGAUGUUGGAGAGUACGUGCGACAUUAUCCACGAGGCAAGCGGGUUAUUGAACAGCUUGGUGGGAAGCAGCUGGUGAUGAACCACAUGCACCAUGAAGACCAGCAAGUUCGCUACAAUGCUCUUCUGGCUGUGCAGAAGCUCAUGGUGCACAACUGGGAAUAUCUUGGUAAACAGCUCCAAUCUGAGCAACCCCAGACUGCUGCCGCCCGAAGCUGAGCUGUGUCCCCCAGCUCAGGAAUCUCCCACCUUUCCACUGUACCUCCGAUGGAACACCUGGAGUGUGAAUCUCAGUAGUUAGGGUCAUGAACAAAUUAUUUUUUAUUUUGCUUACUUAUAUGCAUAUGUUGUGUAGCUUUUCCCAGUGCUUAUUUCUGAUAAAAGUGUUUGCCUGAUAAGUUGUAUAAAAGUAAUUGCUUUCUGUGUCUAAGGAAAAUAUAACUGUUACAUACACUGCUUACAAAUCUGUAUUUAUUAUUCUUUCAAAAUCAAUAUAGUUAUUAAAGGAUUCACAUUCCAAA